AUGAGAUGUAUUAAGCGACGACUUGUGUAUUGUGAGCAGACCAGGCGUAAGGUGGUGGUGUUCCGCGGCCACGAUGCAGCUGGUCGUGGCUGGCAGUGGCCCCGCGUCGCGUGGAAACGAGUGGCUGUCAGUCGCCACCAGGUGUCGAAACACAAGACUUUGAAAUUUUGCCCGCUCUGCCCCACAAAGUUCACCCCACCAAAUCCGAACGACGAAAAUCAACGGCGAGAGGAGGUGUGCACCACCCAAACCCUUGACGACUUUUCCAUCUUUCAGAAGCCCGAAAGCGCUGCUGCCACCCCCCUUUCCCCCUACCGAAAGACGCACAGCUAG